AAAGCCGCCAUUUCAGAGUAGAGCAGACGCUUUGUUAGCAUAGACCGAUCCGGAAUAUUGCUGCAAAGGUUGACAUAAGUAGCCUAUACCUUGAGUAUCAAACGGUAAAAUUACAGAAUCGAAAUUCCGAAGUAUCUAGUUAGUAGUAAGGUGUCGUCGGUAGGUUCGACGAAGAAAAUAAAGUUAUAACUGUGCCAGUGACCUUGCAAUUUUAGUUUGGCGUGAUGUCUGAUUAGCUCGCAGGCUAACGUUAGCUAGCUAGCUAGUUCCCAGAUCAGUUUUCACGCCGGUCCUAGCUAUCUGAGCAUUCGGCCUGUGACUGGGCGGACAGUAGUAUCAGCUAGCUAGCUACGAUAACGGAAGAGCAAAAUAGCUAAAUUUCUUUGUUACUCAAACUACAAAACUGACGACCGCUUUGCGGAAUUCUGAAACUGAGGAGGAGAUGGCGAGCUCCGUUGGAAACGUGGCUGACAGCACAGAACCGACCAAACGUUUGCUUUCCUUCCAAGGGUUGGCAGAGCUGGCACACCGGGAGUACCAGUCUGGGGACUUUGAGGCCGCAGAGCGGCACUGCAUGCAGCUAUGGAGGCAGGAGCCCGACAACACUGGGGUGCUGCUGCUGCUCUCCUCCAUACACUUCCAGUGUCGGCGGCUCGACAGGUCGGCCCACUUCAGCACCCUGGCCAUCAAGCAGAACCCCAUGCUGGCGGAGGCCUACUCCAACCUGGGCAACGUCUACAAGGAGCGCGGCCAGCUGCAGGAGGCCAUCGAGCACUACCGGCACGCGCUGCGGCUCAAGCCCGACUUCAUCGACGGAUACAUCAACCUGGCCGCCGCGCUGGUCGCCGCCGGCGACAUGGAGGGCGCCGUGCAGGCCUACGUGUCCGCCCUGCAGUACAAUCCCGAUCUGUAUUGUGUGCGCAGCGACCUUGGAAACUUGCUCAAAGCCCUCGGGCGACUGGAAGAGGCCAAGGCCUGUUACCUGAAAGCAAUCGAGACUCAGCCUAACUUUGCGGUGGCUUGGAGCAACUUGGGGUGUGUGUUUAAUGCCCAGGGAGAGAUCUGGCUGGCCAUACAUCACUUUGAAAAGGCUGUGACGUUGGACCCUAACUUCCUGGAUGCCUAUAUCAAUUUAGGGAACGUCUUGAAAGAGGCUCGUAUUUUUGACAGGGCCGUCGCCGGCUAUCUCCGGGCCCUGAGCCUGAGCCCCAACCACGCCGUCGUCCACGGCAACCUGGCCUGCGUCUACUACGAGCAGGGCCUGAUCGACCUGGCCAUCGACACGUACCGGCGCGCCAUCGAGCUGCAGCCCCACUUCCCCGACGCCUACUGCAACCUGGCCAACGCCCUGAAGGAGAAGGGCAAUGUAAGGAUGUACACGGUGUCCGAGGCGGAGGAGUGCUACAACACGGCCCUCCGGCUGUGCCCCACCCACGCAGACUCCCUCAACAACCUGGCCAACAUCAAGAGGGAGCAGGGCAACAUCGAGGAGGCCGUGUCACUGUACAGGAAGGCCCUGGAGGUGUUCCCCGAGUUUGCGGCAGCCCACUCUAACCUGGCUAGCGUGCUGCAACAGCAGGGAAAGCUCCAGGAAGCCCUGAUGCAUUACAAGGAGGCCAUCAGGAUCAGCCCCACCUUUGCCGACGCCUACUCCAACAUGGGCAACACGCUGAAGGAGAUGCAGGACGUGCAGGGCGCGCUGCAGUGCUACACCCGCGCCAUCCAGAUCAACCCCGCCUUCGCCGACGCCCACAGCAACCUGGCCUCCAUACACAAGGACUCUGGAAACAUCCCAGAUGCCAUUGCAUCUUACCGCACAGCCCUGAAGCUGAAGCCUGACUUUCCCGAUGCCUACUGCAACCUGGCACACUGCCUGCAGAUUGUGUGUGACUGGACCGACUACGACGAGCGCAUGAAGAAGCUGGUGAGCAUCGUGGCCGACCAGCUGGACAAGAACCGCCUGCCGUCGGUGCACCCCCACCACAGCAUGCUGUACCCCCUCUCCCACGGCUUCCGCAAGGCCAUCGCGGAGAGGCACGGCAACCUGUGCCUGGACAAGAUCAACGCGCUCCACAAGCCGGCUUACGAGCACCCCAAGGAUCUGAAGGCGAGCGGAGGGCGCCUGCGCGUGGGCUACGUCAGCUCCGAUUUCGGGAACCACCCCACGUCCCACCUCAUGCAGUCCAUCCCUGGCAUGCACAACUCCGAGAAGUUUGAGGUGUUCUGUUACGCCCUCAGCCCGGAUGACAGCACCAACUUCCGCGUGAAGGUGAUGGCGGAGGCCCACCAUUUUACAGACCUGUCUCAGAUCCCCUGCAAUGGGAAGGCCGCAGACCAAAUCCACCAGGACGGGGUCCACAUCCUGGUCAACAUGAACGGCUACACCAAGGGAGCGCGCAACGAGCUGUUUGCCCUGCGGCCUGCCCCCAUUCAGGCCAUGUGGCUGGGCUACCCAGGCACCAGCGGAGCUCCCUUCAUGGACUACAUCCUCUCUGACAAGGACACGUCCCCACUGGAGGUGGCGGAGCAGUACUCUGAGAAGCUGGCCUACAUGCCCAACACCUUCUUUAUCGGGGACCAUGCCAACAUGUUCCCACACCUCAAGAAAAAGGCAGUGAUUGACUUCAAAUCAAACGGACACAUUUUUGACAAUCGCAUUGUGCUGAACGGCAUUGAUCUGAAGGCCUUCCUAGACAGCCUGCCGGACGUCAAAGUAGUGAAGAUGAAGUGCGACGGGCAGGAGGCCGGCGACAGCAACGGCGCCCUCUCCAUGCCGGUCAUCCCCAUGAACACGGCCGCCGAGGCCAUCAUCAACAUGAUCAACCAGGGCCAGAUCCAGGUCACCAUCAACGGCUUCACCGUCAGCAACGGGCUGGCUACCACCCAGAUAUUUACUUUGGAGGAGGUUGUAGUAUCUGGGACUAUAUCCUUGGAGAUCAACAACAAGGCUGCUACCGGAGAGGAGGUCCCACGCACGGUCGUCGUGACGACGCGCUCUCAGUACGGGCUCCCGGAGGACUCCAUCGUCUACUGCAAUUUCAACCAGCUCUACAAAAUCGACCCACCCACUCUGCAGAUGUGGGCUAACAUCCUGAAGCGCGUGCCCAACAGCGUGCUGUGGCUCCUGCGCUUCCCGGCCGUGGGCGAGCCCAACAUCCAGCAGUACGCCCAGAACAUGGGCCUGCCCGCCGCCCGCAUCAUCUUCUCGCCCGUGGCGCCCAAGGAGGAGCACGUGCGGCGGGGCCAGCUGGCCGACGUGUGCCUGGACACGCCGCUCUGCAACGGCCACACCACCGGCAUGGACGUGCUGUGGGCCGGCACGCCCAUGGUCACCAUGCCAGGUGAAACCCUGGCCUCCCGAGUGGCUGCCUCCCAGCUGACCUGUCUGGGCUGUCUUGAGCUCAUUGCGCACAGUCGCCAAGAGUACGAGGAUGUGGCUGUUAAGCUAGGCACCGACAUGGAAUACCUGAAGAUGGUCCGUGCUCGCGUGUGGAAGCAGCGCAUCUGCAGCCCGCUCUUCAACACCAAGCAGUACACCAUGGACCUGGAGAAGCUCUACCUGCAGAUGUGGGAGCGCUACGCCGCCGGGGGCAAGCCCGACCACAUCGUCAGCAUCCAGCCCCUGGAGGCCAGCGAAAGCGCCUGAACCCUGGCCUCUGACCUUUCGCCUCUCACCCCUCACCCCCGACCCUGUCCGGCUUUCCUCUCAUCUCAGAGACUCUGCUGCGGAGCCUGCACGUUUUUACUCGUCCCCCCGCCCUUCCCCCGUGUUUAGCAAACACCCCUUAGAGCCAGAGGAGAGCCCCGGCUGUUCCGCUCUCCCACUGAGACUCUGCUGACGCACGCACACAUGCACAUGCUUUCUCUCUCACUCACUCUCUCUCUUUCUUUCUCUCUCUCACACACACCCACACACAGUGGGGCUGGCUUUGUUAAUAAGCGCUUCCUACACAAUACCCAAAAAGCACCAGUGGCUUUUUUUUUCUUUUAAGUUAACCAGUAUGUGUUUUUGAUUGAGAAGUCAAAUUUGAGCCCUGCACCAAAUUGAGUUUUGUUUUCUGAUUUGUUUCUUUUGUUUACUGCAAAAAAAAAAUUACAUUAAAAAGGUAUUGAAAAUGUUGCUGUUUUUCCUGCCAAAAGUGGAGGGAUUUUAUCUAAUAUGAAGUGUAUAUGUCAAAUCAAAUCAGUCCAAAUGUCUUUGGCCUCUUCCGUGUUAGACCAUGUCUCUGAGCACUAAACAAUCAGGAUGCAUAAAGAUGCAGAGGAGUUAUUCAGAGGGCCCCCUCACACAGGUUCACUUCAUUCAUGACCUAUGUAAAGGCAGACUUAUCAGGAAAGGCCCGGGUAAGUAUUUUCACAGCUUUUAUUUUGUAAAUGUUUCAUUGCUGACCAUUAAGUUUUUCCUGUAUGCGUGAGCAGGUCUUUUGUUGAAGGAAUUUUGAAGGCUCUAAUUUACCCUGUUCAGAAACAACAGAGGCAUGUGGUCUAUUAUUCCUUCUUGUAGAAAAGAGCAAAUGUUCUGUGGUUCCUUAGAGUAAGAGAGUAAAUAAAUUGAUGUCCAGUUUUAUUUUAUUUUAAGAUCUGGAACCACUCCUCAGAGCGUGAAUGGGUUCUUGGCAAAACAGCCGAUUCUGUCACAAAUUUCCAAAUUGUCAACUUAGUUGUAUAAAAACUGCCUUACCUAAGUUCUCUCUCAACUGCCUACUUCUGUGUUCAUCGGCAGGGUCGUCUUCAAGACAUUGUUUUGUUAACUGGACUGAAAGAGUUGAGAAUUUCGGGUGAUGUUUUGCUUGCUUUGUUUCUCAUUGUCAUAUAAAAUGUUCCAGGUUGUGAAUGCCAAUUUAGAAAACUUAUUCACUGGAUCUUGACCGUACUUGAGCCCCACACAUUGAUGCGGUGAGACGUCUACAUGUCAUCGUCCAGGUGUUUGUCAGAAGCUUGACUAUUCUUGCCUCCAGUAGCUCUUGCUUGGUGUUGGAUGUCUUCAGUAAUGUGGCCACACUAUUGGUCACCCGUUCCAAGUGAUUCUGUAAAUAAACUGGUUUGCUCAGUA